GAACCAAGAUCGGGUAGUAGUUCGCUUUGCGCUAUUCGCGCCACAGUCGUCAGUACACGAUACUCUCCACUCCUGACUGGUUCGACUCUGUCUCACCCUCCUUCCCCCUCUCUCUUUCUCUCUCUCUCCCCCCUCUGCCUCUUGGGUUUUCGCCUGACGACGCUGCUCUCUCGGGCAUUUCGCCGGAAACCGACGCCGCGCGAGGACACGGAGUUUUGUUACGUAUUACACACGCACCGCCUCUAUCUUUUUCCACCGUUCUGUAAGCGGACACGCAGGCAUCUUGCCCAACACUCACGUAUCCACCAUGAGUACUAAAGAAAACAACGAGGUCGCCGUCGAGAAGGUGACCGAGAACGACAAGGCUUCCGGGGACGCGAAGUGCGAGAUCAAAGGAAUCAAAAGGCCGGCCGAGGAGAAGAAUGACGACACGAAGAAACAAAAGAAGGAGGAGAACGGUGAUGGAGAAGUAGAAGAGGAGGAAAUUGAAGAGGAGGUUGAAGAAGAAGAGGAACUCGAUGGUGAUGGCGAAGAAGACGAUGAAGAUGAUGACAUGCCAGAAGGCGAAGAAGAUUUAGAAGAGGGCGAAGACGAAGAGGAGGAUGAUGCAGAAGGUGAAGUAGAAGAAGUAGAAGACGAAGAGGAAGACGCAUAAUGAAAAAAGGGAAGGAAGUAUGUAAGUAAGAAGGGAGGGUAGGCACAUGGCGUCGUCGUCGAUCUUCGGCAAUCUUCUCAGCAAACACUUACUCUCAUAUUGAGUGGUUGGUAGCAAUGUUGAUACUCAUCGUGCCCGAAACCGUAUUGCUGGAACCUCCCAACCUACGAAAUAAAUAUUACCACCUCACCGGAGUUGUGGUGGGCUGACACGCAUUAGAGGCAGCCGCAAUUCUACUGUCUUGGCUCUUCGCAAUUCUGGUCUUCUAGCCAUCACCAAAUGCUGUUAGGUAGUUUGAAUGAAAACCAUAUAUUCGUCGUACGGAGCCUACGAAUACGUCGAUUCCGAUUAAUAUCAUUUCAAGUACUUGGUGCGUAGUCACGCAUGUUCUGUACAAUCGUACUGUUUUCCGAAGGCGAAUUUAUUGUUUUGUCCAAACCACCUGCUAACUGGUAUUUGCCGUCAUCUGGCUUUCUUCGCGGGACAGUUUUAUAACGGAAACUUAUUUAAGAUAUAAAAAGCUCUAUUGUAUUUAAAUAGUGUAAAAUGAACAUUUGUGGGUGAUGAUUUUUUUACAUUUGAAAUCAAAUUUACGUUUGUAGU